GCCAGAGUAUAUCGCUUAAACAAACAAUGCAGGCGUGAUUGUCUUCAGCAUUUGGAAACUAUCACAUUCGGAUUUCCAUCUCUUCGUCGAAGGUUGGUAUUAAUUUUGACUGUAUACAGCUUACAUUCUGACUCUUAAGCUUUCUUAGGAAUAUUGAACACAAUUCGGAUCGAAAAAUUCCACGGUUUUCGCCGCAGAUAAUGAGUUCUGUCACACGAAAUUGUGAAAAUCGAUGAAUGAAUGCUGCAGGUCGCUAACGUUAACCAGUAGGUUAUGAAACUAAAUCUUGUUCGAUUUGACUUCGAAAUACAAGUCCGGUUCAUCUUGUUCGAUGUGGACCGUUUGUUGGAACUUUAAUUUCGCAAUUUCAUUUCCUUUGAGGAGUAACUCAGCCAGGGUCAAGAAUCUUACUUACAACAAUUUCCUUAAAAUCAAAAUCAUUAAAGUUGUUACAAGAGGAUCGUUUGUUUCUAACGUUUGCAUACAUAGCUCAGUUGAUAGCAACACCCAACUAGUAUCUGAGAGGCAUGGGUUCGAAUCUCUUCGAUGCAGAACUUUUUUUCGGGCUUCCCUCAGAUCUCAGUUUCUGUAAUUGCUUAAAUUCAUCUUUUGGGCUUCAGAUUUCACGUGUAGUAUCACGUGACAUUUGAUGUAAACAAACCCCGAAAGUUCGGACAUUGAGUCGAGCUCGCAGCACAUGUGUUCAAACUUCGGCUUUGGAAAUUUUCCUUAAAUAACUUCCCGCUUUUGAGAAACGUUACUUCGCUCAAAAUUGGCAUCUUUCUUUUAUCAUUUAUUUGAUCGUGUGUCAAGCAAGUUGUUAUUUCGCUGCUGUUGAAGCAGAUGCGAAGAAUGUUACAGGAAGCGUUGCGGCAUGGAAUAAUCGAACCAGUUCUGCGUUCAGUGAUGUAUCUGAUCAGGUAUUUUCGGGGUGUUAAGUGCAUAGAUUGUUAAAUAAAAUCAUCUCUGUCAGGAAAUAAGUGCCCACGAAUCGCUGUAGAACGUGAGGAAGCCUGUUAAGUAACGCAAGUGGGAAAUUCUGCGAAACUCAGAACAACCUUCAAAAAGAGUUAAAUUUAAGAAUGGCAGAUCACAAAAGUAAAGCUUAUUUCAACGCAAUGAGUGGGACAGAGCUUAAGAAAUAUCUACAAGAACGGAGGAUUUCAGCGAGUGGAUACUUUAAAAUCUCGUGAGUGGAAAUUACCUCCUCUGUCGAAAAAAUGGUUCUGCCAAUGGAUCCAAAUUUCGAAAAGGCGACACCACUGCUUAAGACGAAUUAAUAAUUCAUGGUAUGCUAAUACCCAAUCCAUUUUUCCCGAAGACUGUUAACAAUUUCAACGCGUCGCAGCCGUUUGGAUUGUACGACAUUUUUAAUUAUUUGAUUUGCUCUCCUGAACUCAUCGCUGGCUCUACGCUCAGAGGUAAAAGGGCUUUGGCUACUGCGUAUUCCUCUGUCGAUUUUGACAAUCAAGUGUCAGAAGGGUUUUAGCCAAGGUAAACUUUCUUGCAUCUCUCUUUUUCUCGUUCGCAAGAUGCCUUUCGUUUACGAUUGAGUCGCGACACCUAGACAUAGUAUAUAUAUUUAUCCCGAAGACAAAAUAAUGAUGUAAAAGAAUAAAUGAAUUAACUUACCCUUUCUUUACUAACAACUGCAGAUAUGGGAUCAGGAUCCACUUCUGUUGGACCAUUUCUACCAACAAAAUGUAGACUACAAACGUAGCUGUCUUUCAUGCACACGAACGAGUCAUCUCGAUGACAUGACCUUAUCCGCCUUUGCCUUCUCUCCUUUGUCUAACUGCCCCCGGAAAACGGGAAAACUUGACCGGGUCGCCGUUAGCGUUUCUUACCUAGGGGUUGAGGUAUCGUGAAUCGUUUUUGCAGGUGUCAUAAGCACGUCUCUUUGUCGUAACCAGUAUGUUUAGGUAUACACUUACUAAACAACUGCAAUCGUACACGUUCAUAGAGUUGAAAUCGGUGUUAUUUUUGGGAAUCAAUGCUUCCUCGCGUUCUAUAGCGACUCGUGGGCACUAAUCUCCUGUCAGACGGGGAUUUAUUUGACAAUCUACGCACUAAACACCCUGAAAAUACCUGAUCAGAUACAUCAUAAUAAAUAAAUAAUAAUAAAUUUAAUACUUAUAUAGCGCAAAAUUCAUUAUAAGUAUACGAUCUAAUGCGCUUUACAAUAAAUUAAAAAAAAUAUCUAAAGAAACCUCAGGGAAUAUGAUAGUUAGAUUACAAAAAUGAAAACAAAAUUAUAUUUAACAAUUAAUCUGCGAGAAUCACGUCUGCACUCGAACUUAUUUUCGUACCUCUUUUGAAUGCCAACCCUCGGGAAAGAGCGUGCUACGGGAAAAACGUGCACCAGAAAACAAAAAGAUAUUAUUGAAAAUAUUCGAAAUUCUCGCCGAGCCAAAUCAUUUUCAUGUGGCAGGCGUCUCCUUCAUAGUCACCGACAAGUACUUCAACCUCCUGGAUUUAGGUUUGGGCCGUUAGGUGGAAGAAUCUCUCACUUAGAAUUAAUCACUAAUAUUUGAAUAUCAUAUGACUUAGACCAGACAUUUUUUCUGAUCGACUGUAUGGUUUAUCAUCAUAUUUGUGACCUCAUGUACGAAACGGAGGCGAUUUUGCAUCGACAUCCGGCAACACAGGUGUCAAGAGGUAGAUAUCAUAGUAAAGAGAUGCCGACAGUAUCAGACUCCAGUGUUGCCCAGAGUAGAUACCGUUAGGUUUCGCCAAAUAAUGUCAUUGUUUGGCGACCAUAUCGAGAUCGGAUGUCAUUUUAAAAGAAUCUGUGCAAAACCAGUGCAAAUGAAGAGCAGGGCAAACACGGGUUGAUACCGCUGAUAUAUUAUCCAACAAGUUAAAUACGAAGGAUCAACUUUAUUUUGCGCGACUAUGUGAGAUUCAACCGGGCACAAUUUAAGACAAAUUUUUAUCAUACUAUUGAUGCCAAUGGUGAAAAAAGAGGUGCGGUUAGUGAAGAUUUUUUAGAAACUCAUUAAGAAGUUGGCUAGUCAAGGCUAAAGAAAUGAAAAGUUGAACUUCAUUCGAUUAAUCUGACAUCUUUUGGAAUUAAAAACCCAUUAUCCCCUCAGUUGACUCUAGUGAGGAACUUCUCGGAGGGGUGUGUAACAGGCUAUUAAAAGCCUAUCUCAAGUUGAUCAAAAUUGUAGCUAUGAUUCUUAUUGCAUCGAUUGUUUACUGUAGAAGAGACACAUAAAAGAUAGUUUGCAACUUAGAAGGUUUCUAUCAUUGCUGAUUAAUAUUGCAUACAGAGUCGCCUUUUAAGACGCUGAUUCUGGAAUUACCAGAAACAAAAAAACUGACACAAUGAAAAAGUAUCAACAUUAGACAGAUUCUGAAAUGGUUCUAUAUAUAACUUGCUUUUAAGCACGGUCAUAGGCUGAUCUUGGGGUCCUCUUGUUUCUAAGCACAUCUGGAGGAUUUCCUGGAAUCAGCUGUGCAAAGUCACUUGGUCAGUAAAAUUCAAAGGGAUUCUUAAACACUUCAAUAUCCCUGAUCAUGUGCUAACGACCACUUUCAGAUAAAUGUUUUUUGUUUAUUUACAGAAUGAACAUUGCCUUAAGAAUCAUCCUAGUUUUGAGUUUGCUGCUUUUUGUGGACAGCUCAUCGUCUUCACCAGUGAACCAAAAAAAGACUAAAGUCCUUAUCCUUGGUGCCGGACUCUCCGGAAUCAGAGCAGCGAAGACGCUACUGGACAGAAACAUCACCGACAUUCUGAUUCUCGAGGGAGAGGACUACACGGGAGGCAGAAUACAUGCCUUGAAAUUUGCAAACUAUACGAUUGAAGCGGGAGCCAACUGGAUCCAUUUGGUAGAUGAUGACGAAACCAAACCUCAUGUAGAACGAAAAGACGCAAAAAAUAUUCGUGCAAUCACUUGCAACUACUCAGACAUUAUUGUGAGGUAAGACGAGUCUGUAUCAACAGGAUCACGCGUUAUACUCUUUAAAAGAAGGAAAUUGAGUGUAACAGUCGCAUUUUGCGCUAGUUGAUAAACUCUCUUGGAAUAGGGACCAUCCAUUAAAUAUCGCAUAUCGUCAUUUGUUCUAUAGAAACUUUCUUUUUCAAUAUAAUUUUGCAGGGACGAUAAAGGCAAAGAUAUCACUGAUUUUGCAGUUCUCAAGGAGUUUAAUGAUAAAGUGGAGCACAAAAUUGAAGAUUACCAAAAUGAGAGGAGGCUAAAUAAACUUUCUGACAUGCCAGCGCGUGUUGGUUUUCAGCUGAUGGGAUGGAAAGGAAAACGACCCAUAGAAAGAGCCAUUGAAUAUCUGAAUGUGGAUUUUGAGUACGCCAAACCACCAGAAGAGUUUUCUUUCUACAAUUUGUUUGAGCGUGGAAAGGAUUUUUUCGUUACUGACGAGCGCGGAUUGUGGACGUUGUAUGAAGACCUCUACAAGCCACUAGAAAAGAAAACUUUAUUGAACAAAACUGUCACAAAAAUCAAGCUGAACCCGGAUUCGAUUGAAGCUCAGACCUCCGAUGGUUGGAGUUACCAGGCAGAUUACGCUCUUUGUACAUUCAGCUCCGGAGUUCUGGCCAGCGACUUGGUUACUUUCGAGCCAGCCCUUCCUGAUUGGAAAAAAGAGGCCAUUUAUAAAAACCCAUUAUCGAUAUACACGAAAAUUUACCUGAAAUUUCCAAAAAAGUUCUGGGAUGAUCACGAAUAUAUUCUGUACGCUUCCAAAGAGCGCGGACGUUUCCCUGUGUGGCAGGACCUGUCAAGACCUGGGAUUUAUCCCGUUGCGAGUGGGAUGUUACUGAUCACUGUAACAGGGGCUCAAGGACGAAGGAUUGAGGGACAACUAUUUAAUGAAACAAAGGCAGAGAUCAUGGGAAUGUUGAGAGAGAUCUACGGGAAUGGCAUCCCUGAAGCGACAGGUGAAGGGGCAUAGUUCAGCUUUGCAGGGUUCUUUUUAACUAAAAAUCAACAUAUCAUAUCGUUCAUUCUAAAAUUGGUCAAAAGAAAACAUCGUCAAGUGGAGAGAUAAAUUAGCUAUAGUUUCCGUUCAUUUUUUUCUCUUCUUUUGUCGGUAAUUAUCCCUACAGAAAUAAAAAUACAAUUAAGACAAGUUGUGGCCUUAAAAACCUUGAUUAUUACCAAACCAGACUCAAAAAAAGUAAUAAAAGACGAACCAAUCGGAACGCCACCCAAAAAGACUGAGUUCUGGCUAGUUUUAUUCACUGUACAAAAUCUUCACCAUCAGAGUCUGCAGGUCUCCCACAUCACGAUGCAAGUACUCUCUUUAACAUAAUUAUUAAAUAUUUUCUUCAGAUAUUUAUUAUCGCCGUUGGUCAAAGGAGCCGCUGACGCAAGGCGCAUAUUCAGAGCCAGUGGUGGGUAUGACUUCUGAAGACUGGAAGAACAUUGGAAAAAACCUGGGGCGACUGUACUUUGCUGGCGAGGCGACGAGCGAAGAGUGGUACGGCUACAUGCAGGGUGCUUACUUGACCGGCGACGAGAAAGGGAACAUGAUUGCCGAGAAAAUCUCUCCAAGUGAAUCUUCCAGCAAACCGGGAAAACCAAAGAGUGAGGCAACCCCCGCCAAAGUGUCUUCAGCAGGAAUCUUAUUGUUCCCUUUUUGGUUAAUAACCGUGUGGAAGUAAACAAUUCAUCAAGCCGGCAAGAGAUUUGUUAUUGACCCUGAUAACCCUAGAGCAACCCUUACUGACUGAUAGAGUGACAUAACUGUAACUUUGAUGAAACGUUCGUGUUGCGUAGAGAACCCUCUAGAUGUAAUAGUGUACUCUGUAGGAGAAUUUGUCAGUUUUCGCCUGGUAUAUAGAUAGAUAGAUAGCCUUUGACUAAAGUUACUUGCCCACGAGGGCAAGGUGCAAUAAAAUUCGAAAGUAAUUAAGCAGACUUUGAAAAGAUAUUACUUCUUUUUUGCUGUUCGCCCCUGUAAUUAUCACCUGCAGAUAGUCCUGUGCAAGUACUAACUGCUUUCGGCUAUAUUUAUUAACCACGAGUUCACUUUCACUCAGCUUGUGAUUGUGUUACUAAACAAAAAAAUGCUAUGUUGCUGUGCUUCUGUUCAGUGAAGAAUCCCACAUGACGUAAACAUAUCGCAAGAACAGAAAAGUAGUAAACGAUGGGCAGGCGAGAGUGUCAGUGAUGUUCUUAAAAAAAAAAACAAAAAAAAAAAAACAGCGCAUGAACAUUACUGGCAUUAAAUCUCAAUGUAUGCGAUGGAAGGGAAAACAUACCAAAACCCUAACUAAACCAGAGGUGAAAAAAUCUUGAGUGAUUUUUUGCCAUAAUAAAGAUUUGAAUUUGCGACAAAACUCCACUUCAGAAUUAUCUCUAAAAAUCCUGGACUUAGAACUUUCACCUCCUCACUUGUCACAGAAUGGGUGAUCUCUCUUCUUUUGAAUUGAAAUCCGUUGAAAACUGACUCCUCAGCACAUAAAAUAAGAACGCACGUGUAUCAAUCUAACUUUGAUAUUCUUUGAUUUAAAGGAAAUCUGUACUCGAGUUUCACCUUACUCACAUUUUCACACAGAGAAAAGAAAAAGAAAAUCUGCAAACUCUCAAAAAUAGAAUUAGUCAUGAAGCAGACGUCAUUUGUCUCUAAACAGAAGAAAAUGUAAACAUAGCUUUCUCUGGAAUCAGUUGGUUACCGUAAAAAAAGUUAAACGAAUCUUGUACUUAUAUUUUUCGCACAGCCGACCUAUAGCUGAGAUAUAAGUAAAAAUAGAAUAUAAUCAGUAAACUGCACCGGGAACCUUAGUUAAAAUUGCAACCAAACUAACCUACGCCAGGCUGUUUUCUGCACAUGAUGAGAUCUGGAUAAUGCUUCGCCAUCUUGGAUUAAUUUCCCAUCAUUCGUUGCAGAACAAAAACGUUAAUCAGACGUUCCCAUGCCAAGUCCCCUCGGUCAAUAUUGCGCACGGUUCGAAAGCCUUCAGAAGGAAGUCGUUUUGAGUCGACUUCGUUUUGUAAGAACAAACGGAAUGAUCAAGGCGUUUGCUUUUUUUUUGGUGUGUAUAACUCGUAUUUAUUUAUUUCGUUCUUUCCUUUUUUUCAUAACAACACGUUAGUGUUUUUUCUUCGUCAGUUAACCUUUUAGCACGGUUCUCAUACCGCACGUUAUUUCGUAGUCCUCUUGUAUUUAAAGCCAGUUUCUUUUGCACAUAAUCACUUUUCAAGUCAGUUUACCCUCAGUCGCGCUUUGCGAUUUUGCAGUACAUAUUAGGCGUUAUCAAUGUAAGUACUUUUCCGUUCCGCUUCGUUUACAUUAAUUUUUUUUUGUAGUUUGUUAACUUAAUUAGUUAACUUAACUUAUUUAUGUGUUUAGUUUCAACCGACCACAACUACUGCAAUCUAAUAAACAGUAUUAUUUCGAGUUGGAAAGAUAACUUUUUUUGUUGUUACUCGGAAUGUUAUAAUGUACGAAAACAUUUCCUGUUUAACUUGUCUCUGUGCGCGCGCAUGGUGUAAUAGCUCAUAACCCAUCAUGCCUAAGCCAAUGAAAACUCUUAGAUUGCAUUAGCUAAUGAUCCAGUUUUUGAUAUUAACUAAUUAUUUAUUAGCCGUUAAAGCCAUCAUCCCAUUUAGACCCUCCAGGAGAUCUAUCAUUAGUAUGUCUGAUCGGAAAAGGAGGCCCAGGCCUCCCAAAGUUCCAGACCUACCGACCCUCCUAUUGUCUAUUGUUAUUAAUCCCCUCAUUGGACGCCUGGACACAAAGACGUUAAAAGGCGCCCUAUUUGCAAAAUAAAGACUCUAAGUUGCUCUGUAUAUUGGCUUCUUUUGGGAAGGUUACAACAAGCACCAGUAACUGAUCGAAAACGAACGCAUUUUCGGAUAUUUCUUCUCUUAAGCAAAGGUCAGUAUCCAAAGGUUGUUUAGAGGCAGCUAUGAGCAACAUACUACACAAGUUGAAUAAUUUUAUCAAUAGCUUGGUUUACAAUUUGACAAUGAAACCGAACUUUUCAGGGCUGUAGAUUGAAUGGUGAUCAAGUUUUUAUUAACGGAACUAUUGAAAUAAGCGCCGUAAAUUUAGUGCCGUUCGGAAGUAUGUGAAAGAUAACCUUGCUAGAUCUUUACAAUUCACGCAAAAGCAUUUUUUCGGCCGCUUAUGCAACAUAGGUGCGGCCUAAACAUGAGGUAGACAUGAUUAUGCAACCGAACCAAUGAAAACGAACAAAUUUUUGCAUUUUUCGCCUUUCAACCCAACCCGUUAUUAACGGGACUAAUGAAAUUAGCGCCGUAAAUUUAGUGCCGCUCGGAAGUAUGUGAAAGAUAACCUUGCUAGAUCAUUACAAUUUACGCAAAACUACAAAAGUAUUUUUUCGGCCGCUUAUGCAACAUAAGUGCGGCCUAAACAUGAGGUAGACAUGAUUAUGCAACCGAACCAAUGAAAACGAACACAUUUUUGCAUUUUUCGCCUCUCAACCCAACCCGUUAUUAACGGGACUAACGAAAUUAGCGCCGUAAAUUUAGUGCCGCUCGGAAGUAUGUGAAAGAUAACCUGCUAAAUCAUUACAAUUCACGCAAAACUACAAAGGCAUUUUUUCGGCCGCUUAUGCAAUAUAGGUGCGACCUAAACAUGAGGUAGACAUGAUUAUGCCACCAAACCAACGAAAACGAACAUAUUUUUGCAUUUUUCGCCUCUCAACCCAACCCGUUAUUAACGGGACUAAUGAAAUUAGCGCCGUAAAUUUAGUGCCGCUCGGAAGUAUGUGAAAGAUAACCUUGCUAGAUCAUUACAAUUCACGCAAAACUACAAAAGCAUUUUUCGGCCGCUUAUGCAACAUAAGUGCGGCCUAAACAUGAGGUAGACAUGAUUAUGCCGCCAAACCAACGAAAACGAACAUAUUUUUGCAUUUUUCGCCUCUCUCAUGUGCAGUUCAAAAGUUAAAGAUCGAGAGAAGUGAAUCUUGUGUAAUCGUGUUUAAACAUGAUUCCACAUGAUUGCACAACUUAUCAAAAACGAGAGCAUUUUUGCUUUUUUACCUCUUAAAGCAAAGCUCUCUCGCAAUACAGGUGUGGUUAAAGGUUCAAGAUCAAGUGAAGUUUGACACGAAUAGUAAAAAAGGUCAUGGACCGGUCAGCGAUGAUGCCACCGGACAAAAUUAAUCUAUACAAAAAGAGCCGAAGCUCAUUUAGAGAUUUACUAAGAGAGUGGUCAAUUUCGAGGUACAUUCGAGCCUUAGAUCGUGUUCACUGGUGCUCUUUCAUGCGGCAAGAACGCAUAAUAACACAGACGCCGAGAUAUAGUAUCAAAAGUUUUGAUUUCAGGGAGUUACGCUAUCGUAAACAUAGUAGAAAGUUAACUUUGCUGUGAUGUCAUGGAGCCGACAAAUGGAUAUGGGAAUAUGUUUUAAUGAGAAGAGGAGUAAACAGGGAGCCAGCCAGUGUCUAUGUGAAAUCUAUUGUCAUAUCGUAUGAGCUUGGUUACCUAUAGUUGAGCAGAUUAAGGGCUGAUCCCACAAUUGUCAGAUGUUUUAUUCAGUCCCCUUUGAUGAAAUUCAUUGAUACUGAUCACUGGUGGUCAAUGCGUUUUCUUAGUUGCAGAAGUGUGGGAAUCCUUGAUUUAAAAAGAGCCGCCAGUAAUCUGAAAAUUGCAAAAAAGAAGCAAAAAUACUUAAGUUAGGCUUUAGUAAGAAAAUGAGCGCUUAAAAACGGCGAUAAUAAGAAUUAUUUUUGCCUGUGGCGAAAAUACUCUUGUGAUUAGAAUGCUUUUGUGGAAUCAUUGUCAUUAACGAGGGUGCUGUGAAAACGAGGGCGCUAAUUGCUGCUGAAGCAUAAAUCCGAACUUCUCGUUCUCAUAGGUAACAACGAUGUCACGAGAGAGCAGUGUACUUCGGUUUUUACACCGAAGAUGUUAAAGUCUCCGACCUCUUCAAUCUUAGGCGGUUGAGCGGUUCUAUUGAAUAACUUUGAGCCUGGGUUCGAAGGGGCACUUAACCAGAACUUGCAUGGAGGGGUGGGGUAAAACACGUCAACUCUGGUUGGAGUCUUCACUUUCGAUGAGGCUCUCUUACUUUCCACCUCUUAGAUCUGCUUGGAACUUUCAGCUACCCUUCCCCCUCAAGGAGAAACGUUUCUCCUGGGGGGGGGGGGGGGUGUAUGGCCUAUCGCUUCACGUAGGCUGUUAUGCGCCAUCUUGUCAACCAAUCAGAUGUAAAAGCUAAAGCAAUCACGACUUGGUCACCCGCGAUUUCCCGCAUUUAGGCUAAUUUAUAAGUAUACCCAAUACUUAUGGGGUAUACUUCGAAAGAGCAUCAGAUUUUUUUACAGAAAUGUCCAGAAUAUAAUUCACUUUGUAAGCAAAAUAAAGCACCAAAUAGACAACACUUAGGCAACCUCGUGACGCAGAGAAAUACAUGUUACAUUUUUCCCGGAAUUUUGAUGAGAGGAUGUUUCUCCAGUUUAAUAAUCUUCAGAAGCUAGUUAUCCACUUCUAAUUAUUUGUUUCUUUGUUCAUCCACAGAAUGUACAUCAUGUUUAAGAUCAUCCUGCUGGUGAGUUUUCUGUUUCUGGUGGACAGAUCUUUGUCUUCACCAAUAAAACAAAACAAAACUAAAGUCCUUAUCCUUGGUGCCGGACUUUCUGGAAUUAAAGCAGCGAAGACGCUACUGGACAGAAACAUCACCGACAUUCUAAUUCUUGAGGGAAAGAAUUACACUGGGGGUAGAAUACAUGCCAUCGAGUUUGCAAACCACUCAAUUGAAACAGGAGCGAACUGGAUUCAUUUCGUAAAUGACGGAGAAACCAAACCUAUCGUGGAUCGAAGGGACGCAAAAAAAAUGCAAGGUCUUACCUCUAAUUACUCAGAUAUAUUAGUGAGGUAAGACGCUACAAGGCCACUUGGGAUAAGUGGAGAUGUGCAUAGCUAGAUUUCUUUGAAAGGGCUUAUACACAGGAGGAGUACAAACCUCUUGUGAGGUCUCUGGACACCUCUUCCCUUUCCUCUAAUAACUCGUAGCCGGUAAAAGUCCGAAAUGUGAGGCGGCUUUUAAAAAUUGCAAGUAGCACAGUUUCCAUAUGUUUACCGUCCAGGUAAAUAUGAACAAAGUACGAUACAUUUAUUUAAUUAGCUUCAGCUAUUUUAAAUUUGAAAGAGCUGAAAACAACUCACUUCUUCACGACCACACCCCUGUCAAGUCUCCGUAGACCGUUCCAUCAAAUUAUCUUUUAGUCCAUUUCCCUUAAUUUCGUUUCCAGGGCUACUCGUAAUUUUUUUUUCUCAGAAAGCGACUUUAAAAUCGAGUGGGAACAACAAUGCUGGACAGCAGGUCUCGGUUGUUCUAAGGGCGGAUAACGCUAUCCACAAGAUCAGAUAAAUCCGAUGAAUUAUGGAGCACGUUAUGUGAGAACCCUUCGAUGAACUGGGUCCAUGUUGAAAAUCAUCAGUUAACACAAAUAAAGUCUGGUUAACCCGUAACAUGUUAGCAACAUAGCAGGUGACGACUGAUUCAUUUUGCCUCAGGUUUCCGUAAAAUCGAAUGGACACCUCUUUCCCUCAUCCUAAAUCAAGGGUUUACUGAUUUUUAUCGAGGGGAAACUGAAUUCGAAUAUCCAUUUUGAGAUGAGUAUCCCUUCAAAGUACGCCAACAAAACGUUCAAAAGUUGUUGUUCUUGCAAACCUACAACUGUUUUUAUUUUUUGUAGGGACGAAGCAGGAAACGAUAUCACUGAUUUUGCAGUUCUGCGUGAGUUUUAUGAUAAAAUCGAGCACAAAAUUGAAGAUUACAAACUAAAAAGGAAGGGCCAGCCAGACUUCCCUGCCCGUGUUGGUAUGCAGAUGAUGGGAUGGUCAGCUGAACAACCCAUAAAAAGCGUUAUUGAAUAUUUCAACUUCGAUUUCGAGUUUGCAAGGUCUCCAGAAGUGGUUUCCUUUCACAAGAUGUUUGAGCGCGGAGAAGACUUUUUCAUCGCUGAUAGGCGAGGAGUAUGGUCCAUGUACGAAGAUCUUUACAAGCCAUUGGAAGCGAAGACUUUGCUGGGCAAAUUAGUCAAAAAGAUCAAGUAUAAUGCCGAUUCUGUUGAAGUACAAACCUCCGAUGGAUGGAGCUACCAGGCAGAUUAUGCCCUUUGUACAUUUAGCUCCGGAGUUCUGGCCAGCGACUUGGUUACUUUCGAGCCAGCCCUUCCUGAUUGGAAAAAAGAAGCCAUUUAUAAAAACCCAAUGUCGCCUUACACAAAAAUUUUUCUAAAAUUUCGGAAAAAGUUCUGGGAUGAUCACGAAUAUAUCCUUUUCGCUUCCAAAGAGCGCGGACGUUUCCCUGUGUGGCAAGACCUGUCAAGACCUGGGAUCUUUCCCGUUUCGAGUGGAAUGUUGCUGAUCACUGUGACAGGGGUUCAAGGACGAAGGAUUGAGGGGCAAUCAUUUAAUGAAACAAAGGCGGAGAUCAUGGGAAUGUUGAGAGAGAUCUACGGGAAUGGCAUCCCUGAAGCAACAGGUGAAUGACCAUAGUUCAGCUUUGCAGGGUUCCUUUUAACCACAAAUCAACAUAUCAUAUUGUUCAUUCUGAACUUAGUCGAAAGAAAUAUCGUCAGGUGGAGAGAUAAAUUCGUGAUAGUUUCAAUAAAUGUUUGUUUCCUCCUUUGCCGGUAAUUAUUCCUACAGAAAGCAAUACAAUUAAGACACGAAAUUGUGGGCUUGUAAAAACUUGAUUAUUGCUAAACUAGACUCAAAAAAAGUAAACAAAACAAAAGACGAACCAAUCGGAAUGCCACCCAAAAAGACUGAGUUCUGGCUAGUCUUAUUCACUGCACAAAGAUAUUUACCAUUAGAGUCUGUGGGUCUUCCACAUCAUGAUGCAAGUACUCCCUUUAACAUAACUAUUGUAUAUUUUCUUCAGAUAUCUAUUAUCGGCGUUGGUCAAAGGAGCCACUGACGCAAGGUGCAUAUUCAGAACCUGUGGUGGGUAUGACUUCUGAAGACUGGGAGAACAUUGGAAAAAACCUGGGACGUCUGUACUUUGCUGGCGAAGCGACGAGCGAAGACUGGUACGGCUAUAUGCAAGGUGCUUACUGGACCGGUGACAAGAAAGGGAACAUGAUCGCUGAGAAUAUCUCUUCAAGUGAAUCUUCCAGAAAACCGGGAAACCCAAACAGUGAGGCAACCCCCGCCAAAGUGUCGUCAGUAGGAAUAUUGUUGCUCCCUCUUUGCCUUAUAAUCAUGUGGAAGUAA